AUGACGCAAACAACGCCUCCAGACAACAAGCAAUCCGCUUUCCUAAAUCUUCCCGCCGAAGUCAGGAAUUUGAUCUACAAAUUCGCCUUUGAACAGCCCGAGCCCUUGCACCUUCGCUGUCCCUCGCAAAGACGUCUUCGCGCGUCGCGACCAUCCGAAGACGAUGGCAGAGCAUUCCUCGACACAUGUCGCCUAAUCCGCUCCGAAGCCAUCACUCUGUACUACAGUCUCAACGCGCUCGUCUUUCGCUCAACCGAGCAUGUCCUCGCGUUCGUCGCAGACCCGGACAUUCACCCACUCAUCAAAUCUUCGUUAACGCACAUCGCCGUGGACUUUGGGGAUAGCAUUGACGCAGACGCCAUUCUCAAGGACCACAUCAGCCUGGUUGACAGCUGCGUUGGCAGCCUGCCACGUCUCAAGGCGUUGGAAACCCGCUUUUACGCGCGGACUCUGGACGCAUGUUCGUCGUCGCAUUUCCGCACACUGGCACUCGCGUUUGACGGAUUGGACGCCGAUAUGAAUGCGCCUCCCUCGCCUAGACCACCACGCUCGCCGCGCCGGCGCCGGUCACGACGAGGAUCUGUUUCGAGUGAUGGCUCAACUUCACCGAGUUCCACGUGCUCGAGUCCGUGUUUGGAUAUUGUUCCCGAACCAGAGCUAAAACCAGAACCGCUGCCACAACCACUCCCAAAACCUGAGCUCGAUAUGUCUGCCGUCCAGGCCGAAGUCCUCGAACAGUACUGCUUCAACCCCUCUGCCGCACUGGCGUUCACUACAUCAAAGCUCAAAUUCUCUGUGGCCGCCUCUUCUUACAGCUACCCACCUAACAAACACGACAAAUUAAUCUGUUACAAUCUCCGCAUCAGCGCCGACGGGGUGCGCAACGCUCUUGGGCCAGCCAAGGAGGCGGUUGAGCAGCGGUUAAGCCGCGUGGGCGUGCCGAGGCGACUGAGCGAUUUAUAUGAUAUUGCUGCUGAUGGCGGAUUUCAUCAGAGAGUCCGGGCGACAUUGGCGUCCUGUUCGAGGAUUGACGUUGGUGUUUCGUAA